GUUUGAAGAUAUUCGAGAGGAAGAAGGAAAAGAUAGCACAAUUUUUGUUAAAAAAAAUGUUGGUCCAAAAGUCAAAAGACCUACUUACUUGCCACUCGGCCUUAAAAGAAAAUCACAAGAAAAGUCCGAGAGAAGAAAAACAUCAGUCAAAAGGUCCUCAUAG